GAAUGGAAAACUCUGUACUUUCCCAGGACUGGGCAGAGCAAGGAUCACCCCACUUCAGCCUCCUGAGGGUGCCAAGAAUCAAUUCCCUAACUCCCUGCUCAGCUGGCCAUGGCCCAAAUACCCCCAAGCACCUCCACCCACAAGAUCUCUCACUUCUGAGGAAGAUCCAGAUUGCAUACACCCACUCAUCCUUUGCCUACCCGGUCCAGCCCCCAAAGCCAGUGUGUGGCACUCAUGGGACCACACUGAUGGGCAAAGACUCAAGGCACCUGGGCCAGCUGUCUGGCAGGGCCAACCGAUGACUGAGUGAUCACCUGCCAAGACCCAGUGCUGACCCGAACCCCCAAGAUUGUUCAGUGAACACUCCUGCCCCCAAGAGGAUGGGACGACAAAAGACAAAGGUUCCUGAAGAACCAGGGGACCCCCUGGAUAUCUCCCUGGACCCAGGUCCUGACACCAACUACCUGGCUCCCUAUAAUAAGGAGAUUGUCACGGUCACUGUGCAUGGAGCUACCAACCUUCCUGCCAGCAAGGACGGCUCUGAGCCGUGGCCCUAUGUGGUGGUAAAAACCACAUCAGAGGAAGCCACCGCUCCCAGCCCCAAAGCAGUGACCUCUGUGACCUCAGAACCCACCAGAGCACCCAUCUGGGGGGACACAGUGAAAGUGGAGAUCCAGGCGGAGGAUGCAGGACGAGAAGGUGUCAUCCUCAAGGUGAUGGACAACAAUAAGAAGGAGGAGCUGGUGUCCUAUGAAAUCCCCAUUAAAUACCUGCGUGUAUUCCACCCAUACCACUUUGAGUUUAAAAAGUCUGAGAAAGCUGAUGAUGCCACGGCCAAGACCCGCCUCUACGCCACCGUGGUUCGGAAGGGCAGCUUGCUACCCCAAUACAUUGGCUGUGACCAUACAGCUCUGGAGGUCUUCCUUCGGGGGAUCAACGAGCCCCUGGUCAACAGCCCCAACCCCAUGGUGGUGAUCGCUCGGGUGGUUCCCAGCUACACGGAGUUUAAGGCCAGCCAGGCCAGGCGGGACCCUGCCUCUGUGGGGCUGCCCCUCACCCAGAUUUCUGUCCCUAUCUCAUCACCAAUGAACUUUGAUGUGCCUCGGGUCAGUCAGAACGGGUGUCCUCAGCUGUCCAAGCCUGGGGGACCCCCAGAGCAGCCCUUAUGGAACCAGUCCUUCCUCUUCCAAGGCCGAGAUGGAGCCACCAGUUUCUCAGAGGACACAGCCCUGGUGCUAGAGUAUUACCCUUCUGCCUCAAUGAAAAGCAGUGAACCAUGGACCCUCAAGCAGCCCCUGGGUGUCUCCGUGCUACCACUAAAAUCUCGUCUCUACCACAAGAUGUUGACAGGAAAAGACCUGAAAGGGCUGUGCGUGGAACGGCUCCCCAUCACUGACACCCACCUAAAGACCAUCAGUGGAGAGCCCCCCACAGUGAAUCUCUCCUUCCAGCUCCUGUCCUCUGAGAGGCCAGAAAACUUCUUGACACCAAACAAGAGCAAGGCUCUGCCCACUCUGAACCCCAAGAUCCUAGAUGAGAAUCUGGGUGCCAUCCGUGAGUCCUGGUCCAUGAGCUCCUCAGACCCCUCUCAGGAAGCCGAGGAGCCUCAGACAUUGCGUGACAUGCUGCCCAAGCAUGUGAUCCGAAGCCCAGAGCUCCAGUCCAGAAGGCAGGACAGGCUUCUGGCAGUCGGGGGACAGCAGCAGGAAAAGACUGAGGGAAAGGAGAUGAACAACUACCGGCGGGCCUUGCAGAAGAUGGCAGAGGACAUCCUGGCACUGAGGAAGCAAGCCAACAUCCUGGAGGAGGAGAACCGUAUGCUGAGGAGCCAGCUGACUCAGCAGAGCAUGGAAGAAGAACAGAGCAGAGCUGAAGAGGAGAGCCUGGCAGUGUCCAUGAAGCAGAGUCUACUGCUGAGUGAACUGGAUAUAAAGAGGCUGCGAGACAGGGUGCAGCACCUGCAGAAUGAGCUGAUCCGGAAGAAUGAUCGAGAGAAGGAGUUGCUGCUUCUGUACCAGGCCCAGCAGCCCCAGGCUGCACAGCUGAAGCGGUACCAGGACAAGCUGCAGAAGAUGAAGGCGCUGGAGGACACUGUACGGCACCAGGAGAAGGUGAUUGAGAAGAUGGAGCAAGUGUUGGAAGAAAGGCUCCGUGAGAAGAAGGAGCCGGCACCCGCAAACAGGCCACAGGGGAAUCCCAACAUGGGUGGACCUGCUCCCCCAGCCUUCCCCGCGUUCACAGCCUCUGGCAUUCGCAUGGGCCCCACGGGAGAGAGCGUGGCUGUCGAUCUUUACUCCAUGCUGCUGGCAGAAAACACAAGGCUGCGGGCAGAGUUGGAAAAGAACCGCCAGCAGUCAGCCCCCAUCAUUCUGCAGCAGCAGGCCUUGCCGGUGGAUCCCAGGGAGUUGGGAGCAGGUGGAGACUUGGCAGAGAGGCUACGAGACACAAAUGGCCCAGGCCACUCCAAGUACACGGAGAUCUUGCCAGCGCAGGAUCUCCUUGGUGGUACUUCAGACAAGUUUAACCUCCUCACCAAGCUAGAACAAGCUCAGAAUCGGAUCUUGUCCCUGGAAAACCAGCUAGAGGACUCAGUUCGCCGCUGGGCACAAGAGAAGCAAAACUUGGCCAUACGGCUUCAGGAACAACAACAUGGCUUUGGACACCCAUCAAACUCCAUUAUCAUAGACCAGCCUAAUGCUGGAGCAACCAAGGAUCCCCAGCAGCCCUCCAAACUGGAACCCUCUCUGCCCAGCUCAGACAUGAAGCUCAACAGACCCUCAAACUCCCAGAUGGAGACCUCUAACCCCCAGAAGACCUGAGCCUGGAGCUGGCCUCCUUCCCCAUAUGCUGGGGAGUCAUCCCCACCCCAAAGAUGUCUUUAGUAAAUGCUAUAACUCAAUAA